AUGGGCUACGAACUCAAAUUCGAGCCUCCAAAGUGCACAAUUACUACAUCAGGAGGUAAAUCAAAGCACAAGAUGAUUAACUACUGUGACAGGAAUCUCGCUUAUAAGAUGGUAUUCGCAGACGGCUCUAAAUACUCUGUAGAGCCAGACAAGGCGGUUGGUGUACUAGAGGUUGGGAAGACUAUAGAAAUCGUGAUUUCGAGACAGUCAGGCAAAGGACCACAGGAAGACUUGACCAUCGAGUACUACCCGGUAGCUGCAGGCACAGCUGAUCCUAGCAAGAGCACCUAUGGAGCAAUUGCUGGAAAGACAAUUGUGAAACUGAAGCCAACUGAAUAG